GACCCCGCCGCGCUAUAGUGACUGUAGCCGUGGAGACAGUUACUUACCAACGGGCGCAACACUCAGCAACAGCAGCAGCAUCUGGAAGUCGCCGAGUGAGUUGGAGAGAGGGAAAGAGAGCAGUUCCAGGGCAGAACUUUUCUCAAGGCAAAGCAUGCAGAACUCAGAGGCAGCGUCAGACACCCCCACUGGUGUGACAACACUGCGGACUUCAUCCUCGGCCCAGGCUCCUGUGGUGCAGCCUGUGCCAGCCUCCCAGCAGAGGGUGCUGGUUCAAACCACAGGCUCAGCUCAGAAAGGAGGACAAGUAUCAGUAUCCAGGGUCCCCCAGCAGCAGGUGCAACAUGUCUACCCAUCCCAAGUACAAUAUGUAGGAGAAAGUGGGGAAGCUGUUUAUACCAAUGGAACUAUCCGCACCGCCUACUCCUACAACCCCGACUCCCAGCUGUACGGACAGGGCAGCGGGGGGCCCUACUUUGACUCCCAGGCCGGCGGCACCCACGUCACCACGGUGGUCUCCUCCGCCAGCAGCGGCGUGCCCCCCCACGGCAUGGUGGGCAUCGCCAUGGACGUGGGCAGCAGCCACAUCAUCUCCGGUGGCAGCACCUACCUGCUGCACAGCGGCGGCAUGGAGGGGAACCGCAACCACAUCUCCCACUCAUCCCGCUCCUCCUCAGCCAUGCUUGAAAUGGCGAUUGAAAACCUCCAAAAGUCUGAAGGAAUUGCCAGUCACAAAAGCAGCCUGCUCAACAGCCAUCUGCAGUGGCUGCUGGACAACUACGAGACGGCGGAGGGGGUGAGCCUGCCCCGGUGUUCCCUCUACAACCAUUACCUAAGGCACUGUCAGGAGCAGAAGCUGGAUCCAGUCAACGCUGCGUCCUUCGGCAAACUCAUCCGCUCGGUCUUUAUGGGCCUCAGGACGCGGCGCCUCGGCACCAGAGGCAACUCCAAGUAUCAUUACUAUGGCAUCCGGGUGAAGCCAGACUCUCCGCUGAACCGGCUGCAGGAGGACACCCAGUACAUGGCGAUGAGGCAGCAGCCCGUCCACCAGAAGCAGAGGUUUAAGCCUCUCCAGAAGGUGGACAGCAUGUCUGACAGCCUGUGUGGAAGCUCUCAGCACUGCAGCGGCACCCCGGAGCAGUCGGUGGCUGCUCAGAGCCAACAGCACCAGCAGUAUAUCGACACGUCUCACUCCUUACCUCCGUUUCCGUCUCCGGACCUGGGCACGCAGCCUCUCCCUGAGCGCAUGGGCAUGAGCGACAUUAAGAAGCUGCAAACACUCUACAGAGGCCACUGUGAGGCUACUCUGGAUGUGGUGAUGAAUCUCCAUUUCCACUAUGUGGAGAAUCUCUGGCAGACCUUUUGGAAUUCAACACCGCCACCUAGUGACGGGAGCACGGCCAUCCCCACCAGUGACGACGACCUGGAACGCGUGAUUCCCAGGGAGAAGCUGGUGGCUCUGUGUAAAUAUGAACCAAUCAGACUCUGGAUGAGGAGCUGUGACCACAUCCUGUACCAGGCCCUGGUGGAGAUCCUCAUCCCCGACGUCCUGCGUCCCGUUCCUAGCACUCUCACCCAGGCCAUCAGAAACUUUGCCAAGAGUCUGGAGGGUUGGCUGACGACCGCCAUGACCAGCUUCCCACAAGAGAUCAUUCGCACCAAGGUGGCCGUGGUCAGCGCCUUCGCUCAGACUCUGAGGCGAUACACCAGCCUGAACCACCUGGCCCAGGCAGCCCGCGCCGUUCUGCAGAACACCUCCCAGAUCAACCAGAUGCUGUCCGACCUCAACAGGGUGGACUUCGCCAACGUGCAGGAGCAGGCGUCGUGGGUCUGCCAGUGCGAUGAAAGCGUGGUGCAGCGUCUGGAGCAAGACUUCAAGGUGACCCUGCAGCAGCAGAGCUCUCUGGACCAGUGGGCCACCUGGCUGGACAACGUGGUCUCUCAGGUCCUCAAGCCUCACCAGGGGAGCCCCAGUUUCCCCAAAGCCGCCCGCCAGUUCCUGCUCAAGUGGUCCUUCUACAGCUCCAUGGUGAUCAGAGAUCUGACUCUGCGCAGCGCCGCCAGCUUCGGCUCCUUCCACCUGAUCCGCCUGCUCUACGACGAGUACAUGUUCUACCUGGUGGAGCACCGCGUGGCCCAGGCCACCGGAGAGACUCCCAUAGCUGUGAUGGGCGAGUUCAGCGACCUGAGCUCCAUGAUGCCGUCCCUCAUGGAGAAGGGUAAGUUUUCAGCAGACGCCUCCUUCUCAGAUGAGAUGAGCAACCUGGGCAGCGACGCCGACGCGUCCGGCGGCCCGGCAGAACCGGCCGUGAAGAGGGAGCGCAUCGAAAUAAGCCACCCUCUGCAGGAAAUCCUGUUCCUGACUACGCUUCCGCUAGCCUGAGGACAGAGGAUUGUAAUAAACAGCAUAGUUUCACUGUAUUUUGUACCUGGUCACAAUGUUGUAAUAAACUGUUGUAAACCCAAAA